AUGUCUAACUUAACAUGUGGUUCUCGAAUUGAUAUUGAGCGAUUCACCAGCUACAAUUUCAUAUUUUCUCUGAUCGUUGGAUCCUCUGCUGUGGUCUCGACGUAUGUCUCUACUGUAUUAGCUAUAUAUGCGAUUGCAAAACGCUCCAUUUUCGAGAUGUCCACCAAACUUCUUCUUUAUCAAAUUUUAUUCAAUGCGGUUUUAUAUCAAACCGCCUACCUCUAUGAGGUGAUUCAACUGUUCUACAAAGCCUUCUUCAAACUAGAUGAACCCUGUGAGCUAUUGAAAACGGAAGAGAGUUGCUUCCUGCAUUUCAACGUUUUCAUUAUUUCAACAAGCGCGAUGAUUUACGGAAAAACUGGACUAAUGUUGGAAAGAGCUUGUGCCACCUUCCUCAAGAGCUGCAACAAAUCCAUCCUCCUCAAAAUUUCAAUAGCUAUAUUCAUAUGCGUAUUCGUACUCAGUUCCCAAACUGGUUUGAUGUUGACUUGGGAUGACACUUUGAAUGGUUCUGCAUAUGCCUGUUAUAUGGUUCCAAAAAAGAGCGUCACCAGGGCCACAAGGUUUUUUGUAGUGUGUACAAUACUAAUAUUAAUGAACAUGCUCCUUUUAUGUUUAAUCGUGAGACAUAACAAGAGAUUCCAAUAUGCGAAUCGGUUCAGUGUCAAUGAACGUUUUCACAAGCAUCAAGUUAUCGAAUCAACCAUGACAAUAUGUAUUCUGAAUGCCGUCUUGUUUGUCUUGGUACUAACUUAUACAAUUGGGAUUGGGGUUCUUCUAAACAUCAAGUCAAUUCUAUCACAUUUCUGGUUCACCGCUAUUAUUUCGUGGGUAUAUACAAUCCCAUAUAUGGCACUAGCAAUUCCAGUAAUUCUCAUAGUACGUAUAAAAAUUUCACGGGCCACCAGGAUAACACUAAUUUCGGUUAUAAGUAAAACCCAGCAAACUCAAGAUGACCACAUGAAUCAGAUAAAGAAAAUGUGGGAAUGA